AUGGAUUCAACCGACCUCCAAGAUCUAGUCAAUAACGCAUCCAGAAGAAAAUUAUUGUCGGAAUUGAUGUGUGAGGCUCAUCAAAUUUCCAUGGUGCAGCAAGCAGAUCCUGGUUUUUUACCACAUUCAAAGAUGCUCCUCAUGGAAGAAAUACUUCGUGUAUAUAGAAUGGUGAAUCCAACAUGUGCGGCUACUCCAAUUUCUUCUUCUUGUUCACCGCAAAAAGACCUCAAAGAGGUAGCUCCGACAGUAGACGCUCAGGAACUAUCACAAUCUUUGAUAGAAAACAUGAACAGAGCGUUUAAUUGCAUAACAAAUACGAAACACCCAACAAGCAAUCAGACGAACAUGUAUGAAGAGCCACACCCUCAAGCAGUUACUAUGAACGAGAAAGUUUUCAUUCCAAAAUUACAUGGUCGUAGAAUCAAGGGGUCAAAAUGCAACUUUAUCGGAAGAAUUAUUGGACCUGCUGGAAUGAGUGUCAAACAAUUGGAGUCGGAUACAGGGUGUCAUAUCUUAAUAAGAGGAAAAGGAAGCGUCAAGGACCCUAGGAAAGAACAGCGUCUUCGCGGACAACCAGGAUGGGACCAUCUCGAGGAACCUUUGCAUGUUCUCGUCACCGCUGUAGACCAUAAUAGCAUACUAUGUCAACAGAAACUUCGCCAAGGUGUAGAAAGCGUACGUAAUCUUCUGACGCCUGCUCAUGACGACUAUAAACGUUGCCAAUUGAUGCAACUUGCGAUUAUCAAUGGAACAUAUCGCCAAUCGCAAGAAGAGUCGUCAAACGAAUGACAAAUCCGUAU